AUGAAAACCGUCCCCAUCCUGCUUCUCGUCGCCACUGCUGCGAUGGGUGCGCGUAAACGUUCAAGAUUCCACUUUUACGAUAAUUACUUCUUCACACCAUUCCUGAAGAGUGUCAGCAAAGAGAUUAAAUCAGAGUAUUUGGCCAUAUUCGCAGGCAAUCUCACUAUUGGACAAGAAGAGGCGAAGAUGACAGAAUGGGCAAAGAAGUAUAAUCGUACGGUGCGUAUGCUUGUCACGUCUGACAGAUACGAGAUCUCUACAGCCAAACGAGGCUUUCAGGAGGAAAUGAAAAAAUUCAAGGCAAAAAUGGAAGGAAAAAUGAACAAGCUUCAGAAGGCUGCGGAUGACAUAAUUAAGGCUUUGCCAGCCGCGUUCAAGGAGUACAUGGACAUUACAAAAAGGGAAGACAAAACCAUGGAACAAAUAAAGAGUGAUGUGCAACGAAUGGCUCUUAAAAACAUUGAGGUCAGAAAAAAUUGCAUCAUUACAGCUUGUUAA